AUGGACAAUGCUCCAUACCAUAGUGUUCAGCUCGAAACGUUGCCCUCGACGCCGUCGCGCAAGGCCGAGAUUCAGUCUUGGUUGACUCAAAAAAACAUCCCGUGGUCUAAUGACCAGUUGAAGCCCGACCUCAAUCAGCUGGUUAACCAAAACAAGCACCGUUUUUCUGAAUACCGGAUUGAUGCCCUGGCCAAGGUUGCCGGUCAUUACAUUGUUCGGCUUCCUCCUUACCAUUGUGAAUUCAAUCCUAUUGAAAUGGUGUGGAGCCAGGCCAAGGGGUAUACUGCAGCCAACAACAGGCCGUUCACUCUUGCUGGAGUCGAAAAACUUCUGGACGAAGCCAUUGCCCUUGUGACUCCAGAAAACAGGGCGCGCGGCUGCGCUCAUGUGGUUCGUCUUGAAGAGGAGGCCAGGGAGCAGGAUGGUGCAAUCGAAAGCACGCUCGACAGCAUCAUAAUUACUCUGGGAUCUGACUCCAGCAGCUGCAGUGACAGUAGUGUCAGUGAAUUGAGUAGUAUAGAGGGGCUCUGGUGA